UUCUUGCUCGCUGAGUCGAGACCGAGUCAGGCAGAGAGAGAGAGAGAGAGAGAGGAUCAAAAGCAGAGAGAUCGAGCGAAAGGGCGGAGAUGGAGCGGAGGGGUGGUUGCUGCAUCGACGUGUACGGAAGGGGAGACGCCGAGGCGGCGUGGAGGAUGGGCCGGAUCAUGCUCAGAUUUCGCCCGAUCGCUCCCAAGCCUGUGGUCGACUCGUCUGGAGCAGCCUCCGUCGCCGUGGUGUCGUCCUCCGCCGGAAGGAAGACAAGGCGAAAGGGCUCAGGUGGUUGCAGAGGGAGGAAGGCGAGGAAGAUGGAGACGGGGCGGUCUUCUUCGUCGAAGGAGGGCCCGGCCUCGUCUUCGUCGGUGACGUCCUCGUCGCCGACGAUCGUGACUCUCUCCCUGAUUCCGGAGACGCCGGAGAGGAAGGACGACAUGGCGGCGGAACGAAGGUGCGCUGGAUCUGAAAAAUUGCUCGCCGCUGCGUUAGCGCCGGCGUGGAUGGGCCGAGGGCGGGCAGGCGAGACGGCCGCGGCGACAGGGGUUGCUUGGCCGGUGACGGCGGUGGGGUCAUGGGUGACGGUGGAAUGCGUGACGGACACGUGGAGGGAGGGGGAGGUGCCGUGGCGGAGCGACGAGGCUGUGCAGGCGGCGCUGUCGGCGGACGACUCCCCCGGGUUCGUGUCCGACGAGUGGGGCAGGGUCACCUGGACCAACGAUGCGUACCGGAGGAUGGUGUCCGGAGGGUCUCUCGAAGGCAGGUGGACGGCGGAAGAGGAGGAGCAGGUGCGAGUGGGACUGGUGGCGAGGGGGGCAAUUCCGGCGGCGGCAGAGGCGUGCCGGGCAUUCACUUGCAGGGUUAGGGUGCACUACUCGAGGCGGCCGUGGAGGGGAAAGGCGGCCUGCUCGGCCUCAUCGCUGGCGGCGCCGUGCGACGUGUGGAGGUUGGACGGCGGUGGGAGCGCGUGGAGGCUCGAUGUAAAGGCGGCGCUAAGCCUGAGUCUCUAGGCUCUAGCCAUUAGGACGAAGCCGGCGCCGGCCGUAUAAUUAUAAAAUGUGUGUACUCAAGUAAAUACGGGGAGUGUUUUUGUUC